AUGAACUCCAUAGACUUAACACUAACUAUUACCCAUCCACACCUACAUAGACUGGUCUUUUUCACUAUGCUAUCUAAGUUGAUUCGGCAGCUGCCCAAUUUAAAAUUUAGUCGGUAUAAUUCGGCCGUUGCUGCUGCAGUUAGCAGUGCAUCCGAAUCCACAGGUUCUAUGGAUAUGUAUAAAUAUCCCAGAAAAUGGCAUGGUAUGGGAACGAAACAGCUUUUAAAACUGCACAAUGAAAGGAAGGCUAGAUUGGGUCAUCUGUAUGAGCCAACUCAAGAAGAAUUUACUGCACUGAUACCUUCAGCAAUAGAUUUAGGUUUCUCUACAGAAGAAUUUAAGAAAUUGUACUUUACCCCAGAGGAAAAAUUGGAGAUGGAAAAUCAAAAAGGUGACAAGAAACUUGAUUUCGAUCAACCUGACACAUUCAAAUUUGAUGAAUUGACAUCACAAGCCCAUCUACUUGUGCACCAGCACAGAGAGCAACGUUAUUACAACAGGUUGGCCGCUUACGAACUUCCACUCUUAGUACAGCAUCGUCAAGAAUAUCGAAGAAAAGAUACAAGUACGCAUCCUCUCAAAUAUCGUUACACUACGUACAUUGGUGAAGAUCAUCCAAAUUCUCGCAAGGUUGUAUUAUCUGUUAAGACCGCCGAUCUAAAUCUUAAUGAAAAGGAACUGCACAAGUUACGUCUACUUGCAAGGACAAGAUACGAUCAUAUAACUGAUGAGUUCAAAAUGUCCUCAGACCGCUUUGCAAAUGCAGCUCAAAAUGCGCAAUAUUUGAGCAAGACCUUUCAAAAGCUGCUCAAGGAAGCCAGAGACAUGACUGAUGAUUUUAGUGAUAUUCCUCUAGACACUAGGCAUACAAUUGCGAAGAAUUUACGGAAGAAAAAGCGUGGGUAUGAGUUUCCUGAGGAAUGGAAGCGCCCACAAGAUGCCCCAAAGAAAGUUGUUGACUUGAUUACUAAACUAUCCAAUUCUUUAUGA